AUGGUGUACAGUCAACAGAACCAAAAUGGGAGCAACCCAUAUGGAAACCUAUCAGACGCCGAAGCUGGAAUUUCCAGAAAUGUAGGUCAUGAACGUUGCAAUAGACGACCUGGCAACCCGAUGAAUCAAGGAUCUGUGAAUUCCCCACCUCAUCAGCAAAACCAGGCACAUACCCCCACAGUUCUGGCUCAGCAAGACUUUCUAGCGCGGGUCGACUUUAUCAAAUCCGAGAUUCGUUCGCUAUCAUCCAAUGUGCAGGAAAUUGCCGCUUUGCACCAGCGGGCCCUCACGUCGCCAGAAAGCAAUUCGUCAUCGCCAUUGGAGAAUCUGGUGGUGCAGACUCAGCUCAAGAAUACGCAGAUUCGUGACCAGAUUAAGCAGAUCGAAGCUGAUGCAAUCAAGACACAAGACGGUUCAAAGAGCCUCAAGGCACGGCAAGCCAAACAACUCAAGGGCGAGUUCGAGAAGAGCUUGAAUGAUUAUCGUCAGGAAGAGUUGGCCUAUCGGCAGCGAUAUCGAGAUCAGAUCGCUCGACAGUAUCGAAUCGUAAAUCCCGAAGCCAGCGAUGCUGAAGUUGAAGAAGCUAGUAAAUUGGACUGGGGAUCAGAGGGUGUCUUCCAAACGGCUCUAAAAAGUAACCGUUUUGGACAAGUAUCUUCCGUUCUCGGCGAUGUGCGCGCACGCCAUAAUGAACUACAACGAAUUGAGUCAACCCUCACUGAUCUAGCCAACCUUUUCGCCGAUAUGGCUCAAAUAGUCGAAGCUCAGGAUCCAGUAAUCGAGAAUACGGAGCAGAAUGCCAUUCAUGCCAACGAACAUAUCGAUAAAGCUAACACCCAGAUCGAUGCAGCAAAAAACAGCGCGGCGCGAGCUCGAAAAUUAAAGUGGUAUUGCCUUCUAGUCGUAAUAUUAAUAAUCGUGGCUAUUGCUUUGGGAGUUGGCCUCGGUAUAGGAUUGACAAAAUCUACAAAUAAAGCGGCGUCUUCAGCUACCAACCAAAACUAG